UGGCUGAAAAAUAGCGGUAUCUGAUGUAAUAUGGGUUGUAUCAUUCAAUAGCACGGUGAUAUUAAACGGAUAUACGAGAAACCACCAAUGAUACAAAUGGCCGAAACAUUACACACCCUCCCGGAAGAUGCUGCUAGUCUCUUAAAUCUAACGUCUCGCAACGACAACUGUACGGAUGAGACUUGUCUAUCUGCAACAUCAUCCUAUAAUCAAUCAUACACAACCAUGAUCAAAUUGGAGAAAUAUUGCCUUCCAGUUAUAUGUAUACUAGGACUAAUUGGAAACAGUUUAUCAACGAUCACGUUUCUAAGGAAACCACUUAGAAACGCACCAUGUUCGCUAUACCUUGCUGCACGAGGGAUCAGUGACAAUGGCUUUCUGCUCAGUUUGUUUCUAAUUUGGACAUCGAGUACAUUCAACCUAAGGCUAAGUCAAAUUAAAGGAGUAUGCCAGUUAAUUAUCUUAAUGACGUACGUGUGCGGCUGUGUAUCCGUGUGGUUGUGUGUUUUCAUAACAACAGAAAACUUCUUACUAAUACAUAAUCCUUACAUUGCCCGUCGUGUGUGUUGUAACCAAAUAUCAAGUGUGUGCAUAAUAAUUUUAUUGCUGCUUGCGUUUGGAGUUUACAACAUUUCACUAUGGAUUAUCAACGAAGAUUGUUCUCACAAUCCCUCCUUUUCAUCUCUGACUCAAAUAUUGGUGUAUUCGGACACGCUUUUGACAUUAGUCGUGCCAACUGUUAUCAUUUUUGUAUUAUUAUCUAUGAUAGCCUACAAAAUGAUAAAGAUCAUUCACGUCCGUAAAUUACACGACAGUGCUAUGGAACAGUUGACACUUAAUAAACAAAGACCCAAGAAAAUACUACCAAUUGCAAAAGUGACCAAAAUGUUGUUUGUUGUUUCAUGUAUGUUUUUUGUUUUGAAUGUACCUAGUCACGUGAUACGACUAAUGUUGCUGAUUGGAUCAUUUACUAAAGGAGAAAGAACAGCACCAGCUGUACAAGCAACGAUUCAAGUUCCAUUCCAGCUGAUCUACUAUAUAAGUUUUUCAGUGAACGUUUGCAUAUAUGCUCUGUUUGGCUCAAAUUUUAGAAAAAUAUUAAAGAAAACGUUUUGCAGUUGGAAAAAUGUGACCAGUGAAAGGUAUACACAAACAGAGGCUAUAAAUCUUGUUCGCCGUCGGAGCCAUUCUAUAAAUGUCUGUGUUGCUGAGAGAAACAGUGGUGCUUUUUUGACAGUAUCAAAGACUGAAACGCUAGUCCAUAGUUGCACCUGAACAUUACACUUAUUCAUACGGGAUAUUCUAAACAUUUUACAGCUGGUGAUAACAAUACUUCAACAAGAGCUCGUAGAACAAGAAAUGCCCCCUUGAUGCAUUCAGUAACAGCACAAGGAACAGAAAUUAUUUGGUCACUGUGCACUGGACAUUUAACGUACUACUUAUGGGUCAUUUACCAGUCAUACGUGACCUCUGUAUUAAAUGUGAGCUUAAACCAAAGCAUUCUCUAGUUAUUUGGCAAAAAAGUCCUACUGUUAUGCGUCAAUGUGACCUUGACCUUUGACCUACUGACCUCAAAAUCAAUUGGUGUCCUGCUGGUCAUGAUCAACUUCCUUAUUAAGUUUCAUGAUCCUAGGCCAAAGCAUUCUCAAGUUAUUGUCCGGAAACGGUUUAUCUGUUCCGGAUCAGUGUGUUUUGACCUUUGACUCACUCACCUCAAAAUCAACAGGGGUCAUCUGCUGGUCAUGAUCAACCCCCUAUCAUGUUUCGUGAUCCUAGGCCUAAG